CACCCACUGGCCAAAUCCUUUACAUUACAGGUCUAGAAACUCCCCAUUGUUCGCAUCAUCCAGCAAAAUGGCAGCAGCUGCUCCCCCGCCUCCUCCAUCCCCUGCCCCGGAGGCUCCCACCGGCCUCCCUGACUCUGACUCCGUCCCAGUUGGCCACCCUCUCUUCUCCAGGAUCCGCCUCGCAACCCCCGCCGAUGUCCCUUGCAUUCACAAAAUGAUCCACCAAAUGGCUGUCUUCGAGCGCCUCGCUCAUCACUGCAUCGCCACCGAAUCCUCCCUCUCCGCCACCCUCUUCAACAACCCGCCUUUCCAAUCAUUUACCGUCUUCCUCCUGGAGGUUUCCCCCAACCCUCUUCCCAAAAUCGCCUUCCCAAAGUUCACACCCAUUGAGCGUAUCAUCCAGCUCGACCUUCCUGUCAUCGACCCAGAAGCCGAAUUAUUCAAGAGUGGAACUAAUGACGUAGUGGUAGCUGGGUUCGUCCUCUUCUUCCCUAACUAUUCGACGUUCCUAGCGAAGCCAGGCUUGUACGUGGAGGAUCUGUUCGUGAGGGAGUGUUACAGAAGGAAAGGAAUGGGGAAGAUGCUGCUAUCGGCGGUGGCUGCUCAGGCCGUGAAAAUGGGAUAUGGGAGAGUGGAGUGGACGGUGCUGGAUUGGAAUGUAAAUGCUAUUAAGUUUUAUGAAGAGAUGGGUGCGAAGGUUUUGACAGAUUGGAGGAUUUGCAGGUUGACUGGUGAAGCUCUUGAGGCUUAUCGUGAUGCCAUUUGAGGUUUGCCGGACAAGUAUAGGGUUAUGGCUUUGUGGGGUUUUUAUUUGGUUUUAAGGUGAGCUAAAAUGAUACUGUAAUGAAUGAAAAUUGGUGAAGAAGAAGAAUGUGAGGUUUUAGUUAUAUGCUAUAAUAUAUGUUUUUUCUGCAAGUAAUUUCAACUGUUUGUGAAAUUUUUGCUUUCAAUGAGAUUAGAUUUCUAAAGAAA